AUGGACACUGGGAGGAAGUGUACUAUUCAUUGGGAAGGGGUCCAUAGUGCUCAUACUGAAUGUCUACUUGCCUGGUGCAAGGAAAAUGAAGACGCACAUAUCAAGCUUUUCUCUGAUUCUGCAAAGGACACCAAGGAGCAAGGUCGGAAGAAGAAGCAGAGUGGAACUUCAAGAGAUAUCUUCUAUUCACAGGUUGCACAAGCUGUAUUUUUGAAUGAUGAGGAUCUGGAGGUGCAGUGA